AAACUCAUGUGAUCAGGAAGUGCAACUACAAAAUCGAACCAAAUGCUGUUUGCCAGCAGCAUUAGCACAUCGUUGCCAUUACAUUUAGCUAAAUAAUGUGGUACUCAGUGUUACAAAAAUCAUAUCUACAUACCUCUGUACAUCUCCUAAAAAAGGCUGCGCAUAAUCUGAAAGGAAAGAGUACUGCUGAUCAGCGCUGGAUAGUUCGGCAGCUUAAUGACCCCUUUGUGAAGGCAGCCCAUGUGCACAACUACCGGUGUAGAAGCGCCUUCAAACUGCUGGAGAUUGAUGACAAAUACAAACUUUUAAAACCCGGAUUCAACGUAAUAGAUUGUGGUGCUACACCGGGUGCUUGGAGCCAGAUAGCUGUUCACAGGGUCAACUCAACUGGGGCUAACGGAGAAUUCCCCCGUGGCACUGUGGUUGGAGUUGACCUUCUGCAUAUAGCACCUCUAGAUGGAGCUCACUUCCUGUCCAAUCAUGACAUCACCGACCCAGUCACACAUGCCAAGCUGCUUGAACUUCUCCCUGGUGCCCAGGCUCAUGUCAUCAUGAGUGAUAUGGCACCCAAUGCCAGUGGUUUCAAGGAGAUGGACCAUGAAAAACUCAUCACAAUGUCGUUGUCAUUGAUUGACUUGGCUGAGAAGGUGUUGCAGACUGGUGGCUCUCUGAUUUGUAAGUAUUGGGACGGGGCAUUGGCGCACCAGCUUCAGCAGAAGCUGUCAGCUGUGUUCCGUGACGUCAGGACAGUCAAACCAAAAGCCAGCCGAAAGGAGUCGUCAGAGUUGUUUUUCCUUGCCCGGUCGUACAGAAAAAAUAAAAUAGUCUGACUGUAUAUUUUCAUGCGUGUUGUAAGCUUUGUUCACCUGCAAUGAAAGGCUUGAGGUGCUCAAGCACUUGAGUAGCCCCUCUAUUUCUCCUUCAUGAAUGUACUUUCUGUAAAAAUCUAUAGUGUUCUAUGAUAUCUUUACCCAACUCAUUAAAAUCGAUGGAGAUUCUACAG